GGAAAUUCCGCUGUAUGAUAUCAUGGAGAUGUCCGACACCCGAACUCAUCCCAAGUUCCAGUUCCGAACAUUUACAGUUUUUUUUUUCUUGUUCUGUGCUCCUCAGUGUUUUGUUAAUUCCUCUUCCUCUUGGUCGUUAUUCCAGUGACUGUAUUUCCAUUGUGUUUAUAUCUCUCUCUCAUCUUUUCUCUUGGGACUUUAGUCUAGUUUCCUUAUUUUUAAUUUUUUUUUUUUUGUUUGCUGAACUGUGGCCGCAUUUCGGUCAUUUGUUUUCCAUUGACGCACUAUUCACCACACGACGACGUCUUUCGCGAUUGACGAUUUGUGCAUGACAAGAAAUGCGAUUUUGGAUACUUCUGAUGCACUUUCAAGGUCGAAUUCGACUUGUGAUCACUUGACUUGCGUAAAAUCGAUGGCAACGCUUCCGACUUGGUUUUUGAUCAACAUUUUCAAACACUUGAGUCGAUCCGAGCUUGUUCGUGCAGCAUUGGUGUGUAAAGCCUGGUCGACCCCGGCCUUGGAAUUGGUAUGGGCUAGUUUCAAGUUUGUUCGAGAAAGAGAAUUCGAACGUAUCUUUGCUAUCAUGACUCGACAUACCGCCUCCCGACCGUAUGGGUCGUAUGUCAAAUCCAUUGACCUGACACACGCCGACAGAGAAUUCUACAUGAGCCCUAAUAUCAUUCUCCUCGUUACGUCGAUUUGUUCGAACCUCGAAUCAAUUUCUAUUACCUUUCAUCAUACCCGGCCCGUUGCGCCACCUGUACCACCUCCUAUCAUGCAAAACCAUCAUCGGCCGGUUUUGCCACCGAUAAAACGUCUCGGCGACACAACUUCCCCACCGUCACGGUCACCAUCGCAGCAGAUACCUCCCCUACCACGGCAUGCCCUUCAACCGCCUGUCUCAACUUCACCUUCAUCCCCUUCCGUACCGGCAGCUUCUCGGUAUAAUCAUUCACUCCCACUCGCUCACUUUGCUUACAACUGCCCUAAACUACGGUCGAUUCGCUUGGUUUCUUAUUCCCCUAAAUCUGACGAUUCCGUUUACGAAAUGGCAAAGUACAUGCGGUCGGGAGCAUUGGAUACGGUAAUUUUUACGGGUUGCGCGACAUUGCAGGGUUCAACGCUGUGCAAACUGGUGAUGACCAAUCCACAAUUACGGCAUAUCGAAAUCAUGGGUAAUACGCCUGUCAGUGACUCGAGUUUAGCCACCAUCGCCGAUCGGUGUGGAUCCAACCUUGAGCGGCUAAGUAUUGGGAAUGCCAGCCAGUUGUCGGACAAAUCCAUGCGAUACGUGGCCAAACGAUGCAGUAACCUUCGUCAGAUCGUCAUAUUCAAUAAUCCCGACGGCGACCAAAUGACCGAGUACAUCUUGACCGAGAUCAUUGCCAGUUGCACCAAACUUCAGUCAAUAAGUCUAAGCAAUGCUCGAUCACUCGGCGAUACUUUCUUUCGGACUGUGGUGCGACGUGUGGAAGAGGAACUGGUCACGAUUGAACAUGGCAAAAUGGAUCCGCAGUCAGGGUUACAGCGCUUAUGUUUUGGCGGUAUUCGUCGCGAGGUCAUUCAAAGUCCGAAUGUGGUGCGUUUAAUUAAAAUGAGUGCAAGUGAAUCCGGCGAGGUUUCGGAUGACCAGCAAGAAAAUUGGGAUUGGCAGGCUCCUUCAUCUGAAAACGGGAUUUCAAGCAAUCCAGCAUAUAUGCCCAAAGUUACGGUUAUCCGGGGAAGUUCCAUAUGGUGGCAGCGACGGCGAGGAAAGGUGCAUACAACAAGAGCUAGUUAACGAGGCCAUCCUUUGUCCUUGGCGUGUUUCAUCCUUUUGUUCUCCCCUUUUUUUUCCACCGAGGUUUUUCCUCUUGUCUUCUAUAUUCAUUUUGUGUAAUGUAAUUAAUUCAUUUCAAUUCAUUAUCAUUUGUCCCAGUUAUUCUUCAUUAUUGGCCUAACCCAAACGCCUUGCACAUGAAUUAACUGGUAUGCAAUUUGUUGUUUCCCUUUUUUUUAUUUUUCUCUUUUCUAUAGUAAUGUAUUGCUUUUCAUGUAUAUAAUAGAUACUCUUUUUCUUCAUCCAAA